CGGGAUGUCAAACCAGAGAACCUGCUGAUCUCCACAGAGUCACAUGACAUCAAACUUCUGGACUUCGGUUGUGGAGAUCGGCUUAAAGACUCGGCCUACAAAUACUUUGCAGGCACUCUUCAAUACGCCCCUCCUGAGUGGUUUCGGCGGCACCGCUAUCACGCAGGACCGGCUACGGUUUGGUCAGUGGGGGUGACGCUCUUCAACAUCCUGUGCGGCUGUUUCCCCUUCAGAGGAUCGUUGAGGGUCACCUCCAAAAGCAGACUGUGUUUCCCUAGAGAGCUGUCUACAGGCAAGAGACAGAAAUCACGUCCAGAUCCAGGUGAAGUGUGUAGUUUUGUGUUUCUGAAGACUGUGUUGUGUGUAACAGAGUGCCGUCAGUUGAUUCGCUGGUGCCUCAGUGCAGCGGCAGCAGAUCGGCCCAGUUUAGAUGACAUUGAGCGCCACCCCUGGUUACACUGA